ACGGUGAUAAAAGCCUGCGCGUGCGCACCUCGCCACAGUCCGCGCGCACGCUAGCGCUCUGUACGCACUCGAUUUAGUUUAAGCCUAGAGGUGCAGCACCAACACUAUGCUGCGUUUGUCAAUUUUUUGCAUGGUACUGGCCCUUGCUGCCGCCCAAAAUGGAUAUGACUACAACAGGCCCAACAGGCCGUUUGGUCAGGGAACAUCCAGCAGACCUGGGACAUCAUCUGGAUCCGGAGGCACCACGACAACAUCAUACCCUAUAAGACCACAAAACGAUGACUUCAGCGGCCCCAGUGGACCAACCACUGGCUACCCUUCCGGACCUCAAAAUUACCCAGGAUCAGGAGGCCAAAGACCAGGGUACCCUGGCUCUUCAUACCCUGGUCAAGGACCUAGUGGACCAUCAGGCAGCUACCCCGGUCAAUCCGACUCAUCCUACCCUCAAGGGUCACGUGGCCCAUCUGGAUUCCCCGGUCAAGGAUCUAGAUAUCCUGGACAGGGUCAAAAUUAUCCCGGCUCUGGAUCUGGAAACAACUUCGGCACCACUAGUUUCUCUGACAGUGAUAAUGGCAAUUACGAGGGUGGGGACUAUUCGGCUAUUCCUGGCGAACCUGAUAUAGACUAUCCCAUUUUGUCCUACAUUCCUCAAACCUCCUUCAGCUGUAAAGCUCAAUCUCUUCCUGGGUACUAUGCUGAUGUUGACGCCCGUUGUCAAGUUUUCCACGUCUGCUCCAAUAACAGAACGUACGACUUCCUAUGUCCUAAUGGAACCAUCUUCUCCCAAGAAGACUUCGUCUGUGUAUGGUGGAAUCAGUUCUCCUGUGAAUCCGCUCCUGGCCUUUACGAAUUGAAUGCUAAACUCUAUGACUAUUCCAUUAAAGGAUCUUCUGAUGACUACUCUAGCUUCAACGACUACUCUGGAUCUUCCUAUCCAGGUGGUAGAGGACCACAAGGGCCAUCAUCUUACCCUGGUUCUGGCUCUUCUCGGCCAUCGAACUACCCUGGUAGUUCGGGACCAUCAACUCCUUACCCCGGUAUACAAUCGACCAGCUCAUACCCUGGUUCCCAAGGCCCAUCAGGUGGAUACCCAGGGCCUCAAGGUCCCACUGGAAGUUACCCAGGAUCACAAGGCCCAUCAGGUAGUUAUCCCGGUUCACAAGGACCAUCAAGUAAUUACCCAGGCUCCCAAGGUCCGUCUGGAAACUAUCCAGGGUAUCCUGGAUCCGGUUCUGGUCCACAGGGACCUUCUAGUGGGCCAAGUGGGUCUGGGUACCCAGGAUCAGGUUCCACUACACCCUAUCCUGGAUCAGGGUCGGGUAGUCAGGGAUAUCCGUCAGGUAGACCAAGUGGGCCGAGCUUUAAUGGAGGUGGUAAUAGGGGAAGACCUGCUCAGAAACCGAACAGAGAAUAUCUCCCGCCUAGAAAUUAAUUAAGACCAUCAUAAGACUAGAAACAUGUUAAUAAGCGUACCUGAAUAUUAUCCAUAAAUUGCAAUUAUUUCAAAACAAAUUCUUAAUGUAAGAGCCCGGAGCGUUUACUCUUGAAACCAAUUUCAAUGUCAAUGCAAUUUCAAUCCAAUAAAAUCUCAAUAAUUAUUAAAUGUCAAAACUAUACAACCCCGAAUACAACCCAACUCUUAAAAUAGUGUUCAGCGUGCUUACCUAUGUAAUAUAAAGCCAAACUCAAUAACAUUUAGUUCAUUUAAUACCCACGCAAUACGAAUGCAAUGGGCGCUAGUGUUGCAACUCAAGAGUACGAAAUUUCACAAUAUAAAUAAAUCGAUCGGAAUUGGAUUCAAGAGCAAGCCCCCUGUUAUUAUUGGAAUAUUUCCUAAAAUUAGGUGCCAGUAUUAAGCACAAAUUGACAAACGAAAGUUGGUGCUGACUUUUUUAUAACAAUAAGUAAUUAAAUACUUUAAUGCUAUUACUUUAAGGACUAUUUAUUAGAGUUAUGUUACUCAUAAGUUUUACAUUUUAUUCAUCGAAUUUGCUUAAGUAUGAUUAAGUUAAUAUUGGUACAAAAUUGUGAUGUUGAAACCGAGAGUUACCAAAACUAGUAUUUUUUGUUACUUAUAAAACCAUAUUAAGCUUUACGAAUAACACUUUGAUUGUAAAUACACAAUAUACUUAUUACGAUAAUAUAAUUUCUGUAAUCGAAUAAAUGACUUAGCAACAUUAA